GCAGACAUGAAAGUCAUCACCUGUGAGAUAGUGUGGCACAACAAGGAGCCUGUUUACAGCUUGGACUUCCAGCAUGGAGCUGAUGGGAGGAUCAACCGCUUGGCCUCAGCAGGGGUGGACACAGCUGUGAGGAUCUGGAAGGUGGCAAAAGGCCCAGAUGGCAAGGCCAUCGUGGAGUUCCUGUCCAACCUGGCUCGGCACACCAAGGCCGUGAACGUUGUGCGCUUCUCCCCGAGCGGUGAGAUCCUGGCGUCGGGAGGAGAUGAUGCUGUUAUUUUGUUGUGGAAGCUGAAUGACAGUAAAGAGCUGGAGCCGUUGGUUUUUCAGGAUGAAGAUGAAGCUCAGCUCAACAAGGAGAACUGGGCAGUAAUUAAAACUUUAAGAGGCCACUUAGAAGAUGUGUAUGAUAUUUGUUGGACCUCAGAUGGAAAUUACAUGGCAUCUGCCUCUGUGGAUAACACAGCUAUCAUGUGGGAUGUCAAUAAAGGCCAGAAGGUUUCCAUAUUUAAUGAACACAAGAGUUAUGUCCAAGGAGUUGCCUGGGACCCUCUGGGCCAGUACAUUGCCACUCUGAGCUGUGACAGGAUCCUGCGGGUGUACAACACCCAAACCAAGCGAGUCGCAUUCAAUGUCACCAAGAUGCCUUCUGGAUCAGGGCCUGAAGGAGAGGUGAAGAGCUAUCGGAUGUUUCAUGAUGACAGCAUGAAGUCCUUCUUCCGCCGGCUCAGCUUCACUCCUGAUGGCUCCUAUCUGCUCACCCCAGCUGGUUGUGUGGAGUCGGGCGAAAACGUUACGAACACCACCUAUGUUUUCUCCAGAAACAACCUUAAAAGGCCUGUGGGGCACCUGCCAUGUCCUGGGAAGGGAACUCUUGCUGUUCGCUGCUGCCCUGUCUACUUUGAGCUGAGAGGAGCAUUGAAUAAAGAUGAACUCAGUCCCAAAUCACCUCCUGCUCUGUUUAACCUUCCCUAUCGCUUGGUGUUUGCUGUUGCCUCAGAAGAUUCUGUGCUCUUCUAUGACACUGAGCAGAGUUUCCCCUUUGGUUAUGUGUCUAACAUCCAUUAUCACACCCUCAGUGACAUUUCCUGGUCCAGUGAUGGAUCCUUCCUUGCCAUUUCCUCCACGGAUGGAUACUGCUCGUUCGUCACCUUUGAGAGGGAUGAACUGGGAAUCCCACUGAAGGAGCAGCCCCAGAUCAGUGUCAGGACUUGUGGUGCAACAGAGAAGAAGGUGAAGAAGAACCAGUCCCACAAAGUCACACCCCCAAGCUCCAGGCUGCCAGAGGGGACUCCUCCCAGCAGGGUCACCGAUCCCAGCACUGCCACCCACCAGCCCAGAACUCCCAUUGCUUCUGGGAAGGACUUGCCUUCCACACCUGUUGGCAUCAAAAAUAUUCCAGUCUCAUCCUCAGAGGAGAGGAAAAUGAGCCAGGCAGGCAACCAGAGCUCUAAAGCAAACCAGCCCAGGAGGAUUACUCUCACCACUUUACAAGGCUGUUUCAAGACUCCAAGGAGAGUAAACUUGAUUUCCUUGAAGCCAGACACACCAACAUUUGCAUCUGCAGACACAGCUCCUGCCCCUCCUGCCUCAGAACAGGAACAGGAGAGGCCUUUACCAUCUGAUGAGAGUCUCCAAAAUCCUCCAGCACCAAAACGUCCUAGAACUGAGGAAAUGUCUCUUUCUGCAUCUGGAGAUCAAACCAGCAGUGAUUCAAACAAGCUUUUAGCAAACUCUUCACAGGCUGAAGUCUGA